AUGCGCUAUUCAACCCUCGCUCUCUGCGCCGCCGCUGUGUGCCAAGUUGUUUCAACCAACGUCCCGGAGUUUGUCUAUCUCGGAGAACACAUGAGCCCCGCACAAAUGGAAUACAUUGGCGCCAUCGCGCCCCGUGAAAUGAACAACGACGAAGUAAACCUUUACAACUAUCACCCAACUGCCAAUGUACUCAUGAGGCUCGUAAUUAAUUACGUUUACCGAAUUCAUACUGCGGGGAUAACAAGUUCCUUUCGCGAGGCUGCCGCCUUGUAUGCAAAGGCAAAUAUAAAACACCCGAAUCCUGACCAGCAGGAGUGGUUGGCGAUUGCCGCGAUCCCAAAGAAUAAUAUCCAGGGCUGGUAUAAACGUUUGGAAAAUGGAGAAUAUGAGUAUGUCUCGAGGGAGGCCUACGAAAUAGAAAUGAAAGAGAAGGCUGAACAACUUGCUAAACAGCGGGGGGCAAAAAGACCUCACGCCAGGAGUCGCUGCCUCUUCAGCGGUGGUUGUAUCCCGUUUUAG